AUGGUCCUCUACACCACCAAAGCCGACUUCCUCGCCCGCGGCCUCAGCAACAUCAACCCCUCACCCUACAACAUCUCCCACGACUGCAUUAUCUGCAACUGCCCACUCCACAUGACACCUUCCUCCCCGCCCUCCACCUCCCAUACCACCACCGCCACCACGCCAACGCUCCACCCCGCCGUCCGUAUAACCUCCUGCGCCCACAUCCACGGCCGCGCCUGCCUGCUCGCCUGGCUCGAAACAGGUCACACCUGCCCCACCUGCGCGCGCAUGCUUUUCCCGCCCGUGCACGAGCAGCCGCUCACGCAGCAGGAUGUUAACCAUGUGGUUGAUGAGCUGGGUGUUGCGAGGGGGUAUGGCGAGGAGAGGGUUAUGGCGGCGGUGGCGCAGUAUAUUAUGAGGAGUGAGAGGGAGGGCGAGCGGAGGCGGCAGAUUGUUGAGAGUGUGGUUGCGUUGGAGAGCGUGAGGGAGGAGGAGAGGAGGAUGGCGGAGGAGAGGGAGGUUGCGUUGGUGGUGGAGGAUUGGGGGGAUAGUGAGGGGAAGGAGGAGGAGGAGGAGGAUUUUUGGGGGGAUGGUGAGGAGGAUGGGGGGAUUGUGGUGUAG